AUGACCCAGAAGCUCUUGGUGACUCUGUUGAUUGUAAACUUGCUUGGUAGCAAUGCCUUCCCGAAGCUGGACAAGCUAGAGAAGAUGGGCAAGCUAGACAAGCUAGAGAAGCUAGGCAAGCUAGACAAGCUAUCCACGCCUUUGACGUAUUUUUGUGGGCCAUGUAAGACGUUGUUGGAGAAGUUUCGGUGUAAGAUUCCGACGGCAGACGAGCUGGCCGACCGCUCGCUGAAAUUGUUGAUACAGGUAAGGACGAUAAAAUAUUAAGGGAAGAACAUGAAACGUUGAGGUUAUUAAUUUGUCGAGAAAAUAAUGAGCACAACGUCGCAUCGAAAAUCGCAUCGCCGCCGAAAAAAUGGUUGAACCUGAACUCUACCCCUUUUCUGAACUUUACCCCUUUUUCAACUCUACCCCUUUUUGAACUUUACCCCUUCAGAACUUUACCCCUUUUUCAACUCUACCCCUUGAAUGAACUUUACCCCUUUUUGAACACUACCCCUCAUUUUGAAAAUUGAAAAAAUGAGGUGUGACACCUUAUACGAUGAAAAUUUUUUCAAAUUGAAAAUAAUAAGGUGUGACAUCUUAUACGAUGAAAAUUUUUUUCAAAUCGAGAAAAAUCAGGUGUGACACCUUAUACGAUGAAAAAUUUUUUCAAAUUGAAAAUAUUUUUUCAUCGUAUAAGAUGUCACACCUUAUUAUUUUCAAUUUGAAAAAAUUUUUCAUCGUAUAAGGUGUCACACCUUAUUCUUUUCAAUUUGAAAAAAUUUUACAUCGUAUAAGAUGUCACACCUGAUUUUUCUCAAUUUGAAAAAUUUUUUCAUCGUAUAAGAUGUCACACCUUAUUAUUUUCAAUUUGAAAGAAAAUUUCAUCGUAUAAGAUGUCACACCUGAUUUUUCUCGAUUUGAAAAAAAUUUUCAUCGUAUAAGAUGUCACACCUUAUUAUUUUCAAUUUGAAAAAAUUUUUCAUCGUAUAAGGUGUCACACCUUAUUCUUUUCAAUUUGAAAAAAUUUUACAUCGUAUAAGAUGUCACACCUGAUUUUUCUCAAUUUGAAAAAUUUUACAUCGUAUAAGAUGUCACACCUGAUUUUUCUCAAUUUGAAAAAUUUUUUCAUCGUAUAAGAUGUCACACCUGAUUUUUCUCAAUUUGAAAAAAAUUUUCAUCGUAUAAGAUGUCACACCUUAUUUUUUCAAUUUUCAAAAUGGGGUAGUGUUCAAAAAGGGGUAGAGUUCAGAUUUUUUGGCGAAAAUCAAAAAAGGGGUAGAGUUCAGCCUUUUUUGGGGUAGAGUUGAAAAAGGGGUAAAGUUCAGAUUGGGGUAAAGUUCAGAAAAGGGGUAGAGUUCUGCCGCAACGCGAAAAAAUGAAUUGUGUCGCGACAAAAUCAAAUUUCUUUUCAAUUCUGUGACGCGAUUGGUGCAGCGACACUUUGGUCUUUCUUUUCACUAAUAUCUUGUAGCCGAAUAACAGGAAAAAAGAGCCAAAGGGUACUAGCCCUUCCGUAAAGUCCCCGGACUGAUUUUUAGCGCUUGAGCCGUACGUUAAAAGUCAUGGUGCGAGUGACAGCGAAAAAAACCUAUUGCACGGUGCAAAAAGUUCAAAGAAAACUUUUGUUUUCCCACGGUGCCGCCGAUUUCAGUCCGGCGACUUCCGGAAGGACCAGAAGCAUACCUGAGCCCUCAACUCUCGCUUAAUAACCGCAACACAGUGGCAAAAAACGUACCAUUUUGCAUUCGGGAAGUAGCAAAAAUGUGGCAAAAUGCUUCCCUCUUCAAGUGAAAAAACUUCGUUUUGAAGGGUGCGCCUUUUUCCUCACAAGAACAGAUACUUUUGAAAUCGGAGUUUUUUCACUUGGAGAGGGAGGUAUUUUGCCACAUUUUUGAUAUUUUCCAGAUGCAAAACGGUACGUUUUUGGCCACUGGAUCAGGUCCGCCACUGUACUUCGGCGGCAACACAAUUCAUUUUCUCGGCGGCGAGUUUCGACACAGAGUGCUCAUUAUUUCCCCGACAGACUGACAAACCGGCUAGCCUUUAAAUUACACGUUUCUUGGUGUUGGAGUCAAGUGAUAAUUUUCUCAUUUUUUAGGAACAAUGCGCCGAGUACACGGCUGGUAUUCCCUUCGCGCUUCAAUUAUGCGUCAAAGCCGGGGAUGCGGCGAUGCGAAAAAUCUUGGACAAGGUCAAGGAGAAUGUGAACACUGGGCGGCGAUUCCAUCCGGCCGACGAUUGCGCAACGAUGAAAUUUUGUGAAUGA